AUGACUAGAGGCGUCGGCACUGGACGGUGGCUGGCUCCGGAAGUGAUCACGGGCAACAGGAACUACGACCAAACCAGCGACAUCUUUGCGCUUGGCGUCGUCAUGUCCGAGCUGGACACGCACAUGUUGCCGUACGAAGAUGCUCGUGGCGCGGGGGGAAAUCCAUUGGCCGACGUCGCGAUUCUUCAGCUCGUAGCUUCGGGUAAAUUACUGCCGACGUUCAGCUCUAUGUGUCCUGCAGAGCUUCACGACCUGGCGAGACGCUGCAUGGCGUUUAACCCACACGAAAGACCCACAGCAGUCGAAGUGGCCUUUGCGCUGAGGACCCUUCAGAAAUCUGGCGGGUUUAAUUAA